CGAUUCCGUGCUUUUGGAAUACUCCGCGCUCUCGCUCUCCGGCACUCCAGUUCCAGUUGCUGAGUGGCCAAGUGGCUCUUUGGCUGCUGAGCCCUGUUUAGCUUUGUUAUUCGGUGUCUUCUGCGUUUUGCUGUGUUUUUGUUGUUGUUGUUGUUGUAAAUCGUAUAGUUGUAGUCGUAGUCAGUCGGCGACGUUUACGUCAGAGUUACACAGGAGGAGCAAUAAUUUAGUACCAAUAUCCAAACCCCCACGUAAAACGAUGUAAGAACAAUAAACACGCCAAGCGCCAUUUGAAAAAGAAAUAAGAAAAAAUAAAAAGUGUCGAUCUCUCCGAGCAACAAGUACUUGUGCACCAACACACUCAAGGGAAGUAGUGCCACGACAAGAAAGCCAAAGAGAGACAAAAACGCAGAGAAACCGAAACCAACAGCAAAACGGAGGAGCUAUGGAGGCCACCACUACCACAACACCUGACUUGAAUCGCGGCGAUGCCACCAGGAAGAGUGUGCGGCUGUAUGCCGCCCGCAAGGGGGCGGCACCUGCACCGCCCAAGCUCAGUGUGGCGCCAUCUAGCAACCAGAACACCAACCACAGCUGCAGCAUCACCAGCAGCAGCAGCAACAACAACAACAAUAGCAGCAGUAACUUGCCGGAAACGGAAAAGGAAAUGGAACUGCGUCAAACACAUCUUGCCAACAAGGAUCUCGAUGGAGCCAUCGAAGACGACAGCAUUGUGGAGCUGCGACGACGAGAUGCCCAAGCCACUCCAUUGCCCAGGAUAGCCGUAUCGGCCCUGCCCACCCUGCAGCCGCAUCCCACGCCCAAAGAACGCCAAAAGCCGCCUAUGCCACGCCUCCUGUCUACCGAAGACGAUGCUGGUGUGUCCUUUGCCCUCGGCUCCAUCGAAAAACACAUUCACAACGUGGAGGAGAGCUUUAAGCAACAGCAGCAAAAUCAACAAUCCCAAUCAUCGAUGGACGUCAUGAAACUGGAGAUCAAGCGCAAGCAGAGCAAGCGCUACGGUGAAACGGAAAACCUUCUGCGGCCGGGCAUAAGUGACAUGUCCUCCGAGAAUGACUUUCAGUAUUUGGGCGGCAGGCGGGUAGGCGAACUGGAUGACAGCAAUGAGCUGAUGCUAUCGGAAUUUCAGCGUGGCAGCGAUGGUCGUAACUCGAUCGGAGCCUAUUCCAAGAACUCGGCAGCUGCCGCGAACGGAGCAAAUGCUGUGAAGGCUAAACUGGCACGUACUGCCUCCGACACGAAGAAUAAUGAUACGGUGCUUGCCAUGAGGGCCACUCUGAAGCAGAAGCAGCACUUGCAGGACGAGAAACAGCCGGCAAUAUGGCGACCAGCUGGUACUGCACCCACUCCGGCGGCCAGGAGCUCCUCCUCCACCACGUCCACCUCCGCCUCGGCCAGUCGUGGCGGUAGCAGCAGCAGCGUGGUUGAUGGAGUGUCUCCAUCUAAGCUAACGGCCACCACUAUUUCGGCGUCCAAGCGGCGCGAGGAGAAUUUGCGACAAUUUGAAGCUUUGUUGGCCCAGAAGUCUUCACAUCGUCAUGGAGCCUCUUCUGGAGCAUCUGGUACCUCAGGAACUGGAAGUAAUGCAGCCAGCUCGAAAAGACGAUCAGAGCGCCCAAUUGUGGCGCCCAUUCCGCCGUACAAUUCCAGUCGAGCAGAGCCGGUGAACAGCUCGACCAGAGCCAGUGUUGAUCCAAGCUCCCAUUCGGGAAAUGAAUCGAGAACAGGAAAUUCAGGAACAGGAUUAACUCACCCGCAUGUAGGAAAUUAUCGCUCUAGCCACGUACCCAGCGUGGUGGCAAACCGCAGCAAUGUGUACAGCACCAGUGCUGCGCAGGUAAAGGGUUCGCCUAACAUGCAAAUGCGGAGUAGUGCUCCUAUGCGAUGGCGCGCUACUGAGGAGCAUAUUGGCAAAUAUAAACUCAUAAAGACGAUCGGCAAGGGAAAUUUCGCAAAAGUGAAACUAGCGAAACACCUGCCCACUGGCAAGGAGGUGGCCAUCAAGAUAAUUGACAAGACCCAACUCAAUUCUGGGUCACUACAGAAACUCUUUAGAGAGGUUAGAAUAAUGAAGAUGCUGGAUCACCCCAACAUAGUUAAAUUAUUCCAAGUAAUCGAAACGGAGAAGACGCUCUAUCUGAUCAUGGAGUACGCAUCCGGUGGAGAGGUCUUUGACUACCUGGUUCUCCACGGUCGCAUGAAGGAGAAGGAGGCGCGCGUCAAGUUUCGACAAAUCGUCUCAGCCGUGCAAUAUUGUCAUCAAAAAAGAAUAAUUCACAGGGACUUAAAAGCUGAAAACCUUUUGCUGGACAGCGAACUGAACAUUAAAAUCGCUGACUUCGGCUUUUCGAACGAGUUCACACCCGGCUCAAAGCUGGACACGUUCUGCGGUAGUCCGCCGUAUGCGGCACCGGAACUGUUUCAGGGCAAGAAGUACGACGGACCCGAGGUCGAUGUUUGGUCGCUGGGCGUCAUCCUGUAUACGUUAGUGAGCGGUUCCCUGCCCUUCGACGGCUCCACCUUGAGGGAGUUGCGAGAACGCGUGCUCAGAGGCAAAUAUAGAAUUCCCUUCUAUAUGUCUACUGACUGCGAAAACUUGCUCCGCAAAUUCUUAGUACUGAAUCCCGCAAAGCGUGCUAGUCUUGAAACAAUCAUGGGCGACAAGUGGAUGAAUAUGGGGUUUGAGGAGGACGAACUCAAGCCCUAUAUCGAGCCCAAAGCCGAUUUAGCCGAUCCCAAGCGGAUAGGUAAGACGGAAGCUCUAGUCGCGAUGGGCUACAAUCGAUCGGAGAUCGAGGCUUCGCUCUCCCAGGUGCGCUACGACGAUGUUUUCGCCACAUAUUUGCUGCUGGGUCGCAAGAGUACAGACCCGGAAAGUGACGGUUCGCGAUCAGGCUCCUCGCUCUCACUGCGCAACAUAUCGGGCAACGAUGCGGGCGCCAAUGCUGGCAGUGCGAGUGUCCAGAGUCCCACGCACAGAGGCGUCCACAGAAGCAUAUCGGCGUCCAGCACGAAGCCAAGUCGCCGAGCCUCGUCUGGUGCGGAAACUUUGCGUGUUGGACCGACAAAUGCGGCAGCAACAGUUGCGGCGGCCGCGGGAGCCGUUGGUGCGGUUAAUCCAAGCAAUAACUACAAUGCUGCAGGAUCAGCGGCGGAUCGAGCAUCAGUUGGCAGCAACUUUAAGCGACAGAACACAAUCGACUCGGCUACGAUUAAGGAGAACACAGCGAGGUUGGCCGCUCAGAACCAGAGACCCGCUUCGGCCACCCAAAAGAUGCUCACCACGGCAGACACCACACUGAACAGUCCCGCCAAGCCGCGAACGGCAACGAAGUACGAUCCGACGAAUGGCAAUCGCACGGUCAGCGGCACAAGUGGCAUCAUUCCACGUCGCUCCACCACGCUAUAUGAAAAGACUUCGUCGACGGAGAAAACCAACGUUAUUCCUGCAGAGACAAACAGUGGAUCGGCAGCUCCCGCUGGAAAGGGUCAUACCAAAAGCGCGUCUGUCUCGAGCCCUCGCCCCUCCACAGACGGAUGCGUCUCGGUCUCUAAUGACCCACUCGGAACGAGACACUUUCCAAGGAAUGUUCCAUCACGUUCAACCUUUCACUCUGGUCAAACCAGAGCACGAAACAACACAGCGCUGGAAUACUCGGGCACCAGCGGUGCCUCCGGCGACUCCUCCCAUCCGGGUCGCAUGAGCUUCUUCUCCAAACUCUCCUCACGUUUUAGCAAACGGCCAAACCAGUAAUUAACAAAACAAGCAUUAACUACUUCUUGUUAAUAGUUCUAAAACUGAAACUGAAACAAACGAUUCCCCUAGAGUAAACGCGCGUGACGGAGAGGUUCAGAUAUGAACAGACAGACACAGAUAUGGUCGAAUCACGAAUCCAAUCGGAUCGCUCGGAUCGGAUCAAAUCGGGAAACGAUACUGUUCACGUUGCCGUUGCCGAUCCGAAAUCGCUUUCGAAUUCCAUUUCGAGUUCAGAUCCGUUUCCGGUUUCGAUUCGAACCCCUUCAAAUGAACACCGACAACGUUGAGUUCCGUUGCGUUAAUUGAAAUUUCACAAAUACGCCUAUGUUUUAUUACAAUUAUUAACUAAUUAUACAUAUAAAUUUAUAUAAAUUAAAGAUACAUAUACAUAUAUUUAAAAGUAAAGCAACCACAACCAGAAAUUACGAAACCCUUUGUUUUCAUUGUUUGUAAAAUGAUGCGAGGAGCGACCAGCAAAAGGCAGUACAGAAUAAAUCAAGAAUUAUACAAAUUAAAAACGAAAGGAAACCGAUACAAACAGAAAUCCACUAAGAAACCAAGAUAUGAUAUAUGCAAUGAUCAGAGAGAAUCCUGACUACAAUUGCUGUCACUGUCACGAUUAUGGAUUAUAUUAACUACUAAAUAUUACACCUACGAGUACUACCUAAACUACAUAUAUAUUUAUGUUAAAUGCGUAUCGCAAUUAUAGUUAUACAAACAAAUAUCACUGAGGAAGUGAACGUGAGAUAUAACUGCAAAAAGUAAAUUAACUUAAGCCUAACUCAACUAAACCGAUCUAAACUGAACUAAAGUGCGUGGUGUUUUCGCCUACAUCAUUAUCUUAUAGUAACCACAAUAAAACACCAAAAGAAGUUGCUAAUUUUGUAACGAUGAUCUUGAAUUUUAUUUAGCGAUCUUUGUAUUUAUAUGUAUGUGUAUGUAUGUAUGGAUCUGUAUUUGUAUUUCGAUAUGAGCUUGAAUUAAAUUGUAUCCGUGGAUCAUACAAUCAAUCAAUAUCAAUAUCAACCAACCAAUCAACCAACCAACCAAGCAGCCAGCCAGAAAACUAACGAUCUUGCAAUUCAUAAUCACCCAGAAGCCAGAUGUGCAGCGUAUCUAGUAAUUAAGCAUACCACGUAGUCACUAAAAAACAAUACAAAGCGAUACAUAAAAACCAAUUUAACUUAAAUUCAAGGAAUAACAAUGUAUUACCACUAGUGCAUGUGACCAUUUUAUUUGUACAGCUGAUUAUCUAUAGAUCGUGUUAUCAUCGGGCGCCUUCAGUGGCUCGAUCAGUAGUUAUCUAUACAUAUUAAGUUUCAAAGAAAUAACGCAUAAUUAAAACAAUUGAUAAUUUAAUAAAUCCAUAAUAAACGAUGUGAAACAUUUGCGAGCAAAAGUAUA